GUCUACUUUCACUUCAGGUUGGCUGAGAAGUAAGGUACAUUCAGCAAAAGUAUGUAUAUAUCUAGCGAGCUGUGUUUGCUACAACCAGAACAGUGACUGUUUUUACAGUCAUAUGCCGUUAUAUUACAUUGAACUUCAGGUAACAUGCCAAAAGGAAAGAAAAAGGGUAACCAUGGAAAAUCAACUUCACGAUUGGAUCAGUCGGUUGCUUUACUUGGACCUACUGGUUUGGUUUCCGCGGAACUUCUGGAUCAUGUUAGAACUAAGAUGACAUCCGACUUCAUGAGACACCAUCUGCAAAGUCUACAAAAUGAUAUGCAACAAAUGGUCUUACAAAGUCAAAAUUGCAUGGCAACACUAAAAAAUAAAAGAGGUUUCGUAGAUCCUUCAGUACUGAUGAAGUACCCAGAUUCUGUCGUGGCAAACAAAUAUCUUAUUGCGUUUGACUAUUACUUUAUGGGUUGGACAACAAUCCUCAAUCGUACAAAGGAAUCUGUUGAUAAUGAAAAUGACUGUAAACAAAUAAAGCAAGGAAUCCACAACUAUGCGUGUGGUGUUAUUCUUGUUGGACAUAUGGGCAGUCAGUUUCCAUUAUUCGGAUCAAUUAUUGAUCUUCUCACAAACUACCUGAGGUUUUGUCCAAAAGACCUACUAGCUGAAUAUUUAAAAAUCAAGUUUGAAAUAAACAGAUCCAUUGGAGACGAAGAUGUUGACAGCUCAAAGGAUUAUACGGCCACAAAGAAUAAUAUAAGAAGUCUUGAGCUAUUUGCCCAUAAGUUAGAGUUAUACAAAGACUUGGACCUAGAGCAGUGUAUUUUGACAUCAACCUACUUGCACUUGGCGUCUCUGUAUACUGUUUCCAAUCAAUGUGAAAGGGCAAUGUAUCUUUUUCAGCUAUGUCUUGACCUAGAUCCCUCGAAUGUCGAGGCCAUGUACGGCAUUGCAUAUCAUUGCUGGCGUACUGACCCAGAGAAAGCCAAAGAGCUUCUUAUGAAGUUUAUGGAUACUGCACAUAUACAUGAGGAUCACAGUCCACAAGUUAGAUACCUCUUGGGUAUUAUUCAUAUGGUGUUAGGAAACAACGUCAACCUUGCAAAGAAAUAUUACGCCCUUGGUGAAGAAGCUGAAAGGAAGAAACUACCUUUUAAUGUCAUGACAUCUCAUCAAUUCAAGCGGCUUCUAAAUGUCAUGACAUUACGAGGUUUUAAAGGGGAUUUUAGAAGCAUUAUAGGUUUAAAGUGAAUUUGUGUUGUAUCUGUUUCGCUGGAAAAUGAGUUAUACAAAGAAAGAUAACUGUCGUUGGACUUGGUGGGGACUUAUUAGACAUGUGUAUAAAUUGUUACAAUGCGUUAAUGCGAUGUCUAGUUUGAUUAUAAUGAAAUAGUUAACAUAUAUGAUGUGACAAUUAUUGAGAUUGUAUUCCUUUCAACUCAUUUAGUUGAUGUGUGGCUUUAAUUCAGUUCUGCCAGAAGAAAAAAAUGUUACAUUUCUUCAUAAGAUCACAGUAAAACUGAAAAUAGGUGA